AUGAGUGGUGAAACGUUUGAAUUUAGUAUUAGACAUUCCGGUAAAGUUUACCCAAUAACUCUUUCUACUGAUGCCACUGCAGCUGACUUGAAGAGUAAAGUAGAGGAAUUGACUCAAGUUCCAAGUUCUCGCCAAAAAUAUAUGGUUAAAGGUGGGUUAACUGGUGAUGAGUCCAUCCAAAUAUCCUCUUUGAUCAAACCAGGAACAACAGUCAUGCUAUUGGGGACUCCAGAUGCUAACUUGAUCUCUAAGCCAGCAAAGAAGAACAAUUUCAUCGAAGACCUUGCGCCUGAGCAACAAGUUCAACAGUUUGCUCAAUCGCCUGUCGGUUUCAAGAAUAUGGGUAACACCUGCUAUUUAAAUGCCACCCUACAGGCUUUAUACAGAGUGGAUGAUGUGAGAGAUAUGAUUCUUAAUUAUAACCCUUCUGAAGGGGCAUCUAGUAGUAGUGCACAAGAUGAAGAAACGCAUAAGCAAAUUGUCAUUGAGAUGAAACGUUGUUUCGAGAAUUUGCAUAAUAAGAGUUUUAAGAGCGUUUUGCCCAUUGUGCUAUUAAAUACUUUGAGAAAAUGUUAUCCACAGUUCGCUGAACGUGAUCAACAAGGUGGGUUCUAUAAGCAACAAGACGCUGAAGAAUUGUUUACACAACUGUUCCAUAGUAUGAGUGUUGUAUUUGGUGAUAAGUUUUCUGAAGAUUUUAGGAUUCAAUUUAAAACUACUAUCAAAGAUACGGCUAAUGAAACCGAUGUUACCGUUAAGGAAAACGAGAGCGAUUCCAAAUUACAAUGCCAUAUUUCCAGUACUACAAAUUUCAUGAGAAAUGGACUACUCGAAAGCUUAAACGAAAAAAUCGAAAAAAGAUCAGAUCUUACUGGCGCCAAUUCCACUUAUAGUGUAGAAAAGAAAAUAUCAAGAUUACCAAGAUUCUUAACCGUCCAAUACGUUAGAUUUUUUUGGAAAAGAUCCACCAACAAGAAAUCCAAGAUUUUGCGUAAGGUUGUUUUCCCAUUUCAAUUGGACGUUGCCGAUAUGCUUACACCAGAAUAUGCGCAAGAGAAGAUAAAAGUUCGUGAUGAAUUAAGAAAAGUUGAAAAGGAGAAAAAUGAAAAAGAAAGAGAAAUCAAAAGGCGUAAAUUUGACCCAUCAUCGUCCAGCGAAAAUGACAUGACACCAAAGGAACAAUAUGAGACGCAAGUAGCUCUUAGCGAAAGUGAACAAGAUCAAUGGUUGGAAGAGUACAAAAAACAUUUCCCUGAAAAUUUGGAGAAGGGUGAGAACCCAUCGUGUGUUUAUAACUUAAUUGGUGUCAUUACACAUCAAGGUGCCAAUUCUGAAUCUGGACAUUAUCAAGCUUUUAUAAGGGAUGAAUUGGACGAAAAUAAGUGGUAUAAAUUCAAUGACGAUAAAGUUACCACUGUUGAAAAGGAAAAAAUUGAAUCGCUAGCUGGUGGUGGUGAGAGUGAUAGUGCAUUGAUUUUAAUGUAUAAAGGGUUCGGUUUGUGA